AGAAGACAAACUACCAAAGAAACCGGUUGAGAAGUCUCUAUCCUAUUCCGCUGAUAAUCAUUUCCUUUCCUUUCCUUCCAAUUCCAAUUCCAACUCCAAAUCACUUCUUCUGUUUUUUCUCCCCCAUAUCGACGCUUUCAGAUUAGGUCACGUAAUCGACGUUCCAAUCUACCCAGAUCCAUCGCGCAAAAUCAGCGGAAUUGGAUUUCCGCUGGUCAUAACUAGUAGAAUGGCAAGAAGAAGGUAAAAAGAACUGAUCUUUUAGCUCAUACGAACUCAUCGAAGCGACAACCGGAGGAGAAAAUGCAUAGCCGGGCGUCGAGCAACCGGCUUUCAUCUGGGUCCUCCUUCCGAUCUCGAGUUUCCACUCUCCUGCUCUCCAUGUUCGCCACCAUGGCCUCCCUCUACGUCGCCGGCCGGUUAUGGCAGGAUGCCCAGAACAGGGUUCAUUUAAUUGAAGAGCUCGAUAAGAGAAGUGGUCAGGGGCAGUCUGCUAUAUCUGUUGAUGAUACACUGAAAAUUAUAGCAUGCAGAGAACAGCAAAAGAAGCUAACAGCCCUUGAGAUGGAGCUGGCUAAAGCAAGACAGAAAGGUUUUGUUUCAAAGCACUCUUCAGAUGGUAGCGGUACUCAUACAAAGAAAAAGAUACUAGCUGUUAUUGGAAUUAUUACAAGGUUUGGCCGCAAGAACAACAGAGAAGCUAUUCGCAAGGCAUGGAUGCCUACUGGUGCAGCCUUAGAGAAAUUGCAGGACGAGAAAGGAAUAGUUGUACGAUUUGUAAUAGGAAGAAGUGCCAAUCCUGGUGACAGUUCAGACAGGGAGAUCGACAAUGAAAAUGGGCAGAGCAAUGACUUCAUUAUACUUAAGGAUCAUAUAGAGGCUACUAAGGAGGAACCAAAAAAGACAAAGUUGUUCAUUACUCAUGCCGUGGAGAAGUGGGAUGCUGAGUUCUAUGCCAAGGUCAAUGAUGAUAUUUAUGUUAAUAUUGAUGCCCUUGGAGCAUCACUUUCUAAUCAUUUGGAUAAACCUCGUGUCUAUAUUGGGUGCAUGAAAUCUGGCGAAGUUUUCUCUGAACAGACCCAUCAAUGGUAUGAACCAGAGUGGUGGAAAUUUGGAGAUAAAAAAUCAUACUUUCGCCAUGCUUCUGGAGAGCUAUAUGCCAUAUCACGAGCUCUGGCUCAGUUUAUUGCAAUAAACAGAUCAAUUCUCCGUACAUAUGCACAUGAUGAUGUCAGUGCUGGAUCAUGGUUCAUUGGACUUGAUGUGAAUCAUGUUGACGAAGCAAAGUUUUGCUGUUCUUCCUGGUCAUCGGGUCUCUCUCUCUCUCUCUCUCUCUCUCUCUCUCUCUCUCUCUCUGACCAAAACAAAAAACUCAAUUUUGUUCUUUAAAAUUUUUCACAUCACAAUGACAUCAUUAAAUUAUGGGUUGUGGGAUUGUGAAGAAAGACAAGUGAUUGAAAAAGUUGGUAUUGUGUGGUUAUGCUAUAAGCUUGCAUAAGGAGUAGUAGGUUGUAUAUUAGGUCCCUUUCCUUUGAAUUGAAUUGUGGUUUUACUCGGGUAAACAAGGUGAAACUAAAGUUUUAUCUAUUGAUCUUCUAACAUUUCAGGGGCCAUAUGUGCGGCUGCGUAAUUUGACUUGCUUCAAAAAGAAAUAUCAGCGUAACCAUUAUUUGUACCAGCUGAAGCCUUACUUUACCAGCAUCGGCUGUCUUGCCAGUUUGACAUGAAUACAAGAUGAGUAGAGCAAUGUUUCUGUUGCAAGCAAUUCGGGUUGCUAUCAGGAGGACUUGACGAUGUUAGCCGUACUUUGUGAUCUUAGAUGCUUACACACUAUCGAAAACUUGGAUAAAGAAUUGGAUUGGGUUGACAGACCUCUCAAUGACUGAUUUCGAAAGAUUCUAGAUCCUCCAUUGAUGUAAUGUUACAAUUCAUCUCCACUCUUGUAUCAUUUGUACUUCCUCAUUUAUGAGGAUUUUGAGGAAUUUUGAUUUUUAACUCUUGGUCCGCGAGUUGUAGAGAAUUGUAUUUCACCUUAAAGGGUAACGGGUUUAGUUAUUGAAGGCAAUGUUCGUUAGAAUUUCA